UUCAUGCCUGCGCGGAAAGGGAGCCGCGUGCUUCGUCGCUUCCUUGUGCGGGAGGAAGAAGAUGCAGGAGAUGCGCAGAGCGGGGUGGGGGGAGCCAAAGCAAGGCUGCAGAAGAGAGGAAGGGGGGAAGGAAAGGUCGACCGCUUACUACCGGAUGAUGAUGCUGAUGCUGGUGAACUGAGAAAGGACAUCCCUGAAAUAAAUUCAGCUGCUGGACUCACCCUCUUCCAGGGGGAUAUUGUACUGCCUAGAAGCCGUAGUGCGAUCAAAGAUGAGGCUUACCGAUGGCAGUUCCCUAUUCCAUUCAUUCUGGGUGACAGCCUUGAUCUGAAUGCCAAAGGGGUAAUUCUUAGAACACUUGAAGGAUUCCAGUUAAAAUCCUGUGUGGAUUUCAAACCAUAUAAUGGGGAGCAGUCAUAUAUAAUAUUUCAGAAGUUAAAAGGAUGUUGGUCUAAAAUUGGAGAUGUAAAAGGAGGCCAGAACCUUUCUGUUGGUGCAGGAUGUGACACCAAAGGCAUCAUAUCUCAUGAGAUCUUACAUGCUUUGGGACGUAUCCAUGAGCAGACACGGGCAGACCGAGAUGAUUAUGUCGAGAUCUGGUGGGAUCACGUGCUUCCAGAUCAAGAGUACAACUUUAAGAAAGCGGAUGAUGACGAUAUAACAGACUUUAAUACUCCUUAUGAUUACGAGUCCAUCAUGCACUAUGGUCCAUCUUCAUUUAGUAAAAAUGAAAGCUUAAAAACAAUUACUACGAAAAUACCAGAAUUUAAUAACAUUAUUGGCCAGCGCUUGGAUUUCAGCGCUUCUGACCUGGAAAGACUCAAUCAAAUGUACAACUGCACGAGAACUGUCACCCUUUUGGACCAAUGUGAUUUUGAAUCAGCUGAUAUAUGUGGCCUGGUUGAGAAAACCAGGGGAGAUACCAACUGGAUUCGUAAGAAGAGUGGCCAAGACCAUACCCUCUCUGGACGCUGCAAAGAUGCCGGCUAUUUCAUGUACUUUAACACCAGUUUUGGGAAGAGAGGCGAAACAGCGAUUUUAGAAUCCCGCAUUCUGUACCCAAAGAGGAGAAACCAGUGUCUCCAGUUCUUCUUCAAAAUGACAGGAAGCCUCUGGGACAGGCUUUUCAUCCAGGUGGUCAAGGAUGACGGCACCGGAGAAGUCCGCAGGCUGGUUAAAGCCAAAACAUUUCAAGGAGACAGCGACCAUAACUGGAAAAUUGCCCAUGUGACUCUGAAAAAUAAAAAAAAAUUCAGGUAUCUCUUCCAUGGCCUAAAAGGCAAUCCUGAUGACUCAUCUGGAGGAAUUUUCAUUGAUGACAUCACCCUGAGUGAAACGCGGUGCCCCAGUGCUGUCUGGCUUAUUCGCAACUUCUCUCAUCUUCUUAGAACUGCCCCCGAAGACUAUGCCAUGCUCAGUCCCCGGUUUUAUAGCUCUGAAGGCUAUGGUUUUGGCAUAACGUUGUAUCCCAGAGGCCAGAGUGAUUCUGCUUCGGCAAACUACACAAGGAUUUCUUUUCACCUGGCUAGUGGAGAAAACGAUGGUGUCCUCGAGUGGCCAGCUCUGAACAGGCAGGUGACCAUCAAGGUGCUAGACCAGCAUACCAAUAUCAAGGAAAGGAGGUCCAUCGAGAGGAGUUUCACAACAGAUGAAUCACAGGUUCUGCCAGAAAAAAAUGAUUCUUCCCGAUGGGGAAAGCCUUCUCUUCUGGGGAAAUUUGAUACUUCAUGCAAAUGCAGCCGGAGCAUAGAUCGAGGAUGGAGCAAAUUUGUGUCCCAUGCACACCUAAGAGGAAGGAGUUAUCUGAAAAAUGAUGAUCUUAUUAUCUUUGCAGAGUUUGACGAUUUAACACAUCUCAAGAAGACGGAACACGUUUUCCCAGAAAAACGGCCUGUGGAACAGAAUGACUCCCUGGAACGGAAAAAAAGAUCAGCCUCUCUGGAAGACUGGCAGUCCUACCUGAGAGAACAGUGUGACCCAAAUCCGUGCCAAAAUGAUGGCAUUUGUGAAAAACUAAAAGGAAAAACAAGCUGCAGGUGUGCUACAAGCUACCUCUUCUUCUACACAGGAGUGAGAUGCCAGGUGACACAUGUCCAUUGGAACACCCUUGGUCUGUUAGCUGCUGGAGCUGUAGCACUAACCAUAGUUACGAUUUCCUUAUUAGUUAGGCAAUAGUCUUCCUUUUUCCAGAGUGUAGUUUUACAGUGAUUUCAUACUUUCCGUGAAUGUUGUUGUAAUUCCAACUCACCUGAACUCGAUCAUCUGAAUUAUGUGAAAGUGAUAACAUGAUCACCUCCUGUCACCUCAGUCAUGUGCUCCAAAACUGGAGGCCAAACAGGGAGGUGAUAGAAGGUCCCGACUCCUUGUCUUGGUUCAACUUGACAUAACAGAUAACUGCCCUUAGAAUCUCAAUGGAGCAUUAAACAUGACUAUGGCCUCUGCUGGAGUUCUGUUGAUUUCAUUGUGCAAGCAGAGUCUGUGGAGAUGCGAGCAGAUAUUAUGUGCCUGGUUUAGAAGGCGGAGGAGACCUCUUCAAAGUUGGCUUUGCAUUCUUAGAGCGUUUGCACUGUGCAGUUCUAUUCCAGGCAUAAGAAUGUUGCAGUAUCCUUUCUCCUUUCCUCCUAAAAUGCUUUGCUGUUGGUUUUUAUGGGUGUGUAGUCCUCAGCACCAAAGACAAUGGGGAAAGGUUACUUGUAAAUUACUGUUAACUCCAGAUUAAAGUUGUGACACAA